UUUCCGGUCAAUCAUUAGACUACAAUUACUUCCUCUCCUCCAUUCCUCAUUCAAAGCUCAUGACCUGAACUUCGGUUCGAAGUGGAUCUUUGAACCAUGUACUAGGUACCCUCCAUAGUUUUGAGCUCACAUGAUAAAAGGUCAUUGGCUGAGUGGCUAAUUUCAUAAAUUUGAACAAUGAGGCCCAGAUGCAUUACACCACUAAAAUGGCCCAUUUGAUGGCUUCAAUAGCCGCAAUUAAUGCUAAGAUGAAAAAUACCUUUCACUACUGAAGUCAAGGUUUGGAGAUGGAGUGAAAUUGCAACGAUUUUCAAUCCUUACACCCCAUAUAUAAGGCCGAAGAACUUGCAAGGGUAAAUAUCAACCUCAAAUUUCUGAUCCUCUCUCUCUAGCAACGCGUGUGUUUUUGUCUGCGGCUGUUUUUUCCUCUUUCAGCUUUUAAUGGCUUCUGCAGUUAAACCCAUAUUCAUCUUUCUUGCGUACAUCUCAUUCCAUCUCUCCCUGAUAGCAUCAAAAACGAAGGACACAACUCCAGCAGUAUGGCCUCUCCAAUUCCAUUCAAUUCUCUUCAUGAACAACAGCGGUACCCUCCAGAAAGUAGACCUUUGGUACGACUGGCCCAACGGCCGCAAUUUCAACAUUAUCCAGAACCAGCUGGGCAAGCUCACUUAUGACCUGGAAUGGGACAACGGCACCUCCUAUAUCUACACUCUGGACUCCAACAAAGAGUGCAGAGUCUUGCAUUUUGAUGUGGGUAUUCUCCGCCCGAAUUGGCUGGAUGGAGCCAAUUAUUUAGGCCAACAAGAAAAAGAUGGCUUCCUAUGCAAUGUGUGGGAGAAGGUCGACUUCAUCUGGUACUUUGAAGAUGUCAUCACUAAGAGACCAGUUUUCUGGGCCUUCUACACAGGGUACACAGCUCAUGUGAUGACAUUUGAAGUGGGAGCCAUUCUAGAGGAUUCGCAGUGGCAGGCGCCUGUUUACUGUUUCAAUGAAGGUGAAGAGAAGAGAAAAAAAGAAGCUGUGAUUGAAUCUUUGGGAUGGAGUGAUAAUCACCAGGGGAACCUGAUGAGAGGGAUUUCCAGUGUCUCUAUGACACUCUGAUUUUUGUUCCCAAGUAGUACCAUCUUGCUAUAACAGUGUGUCUAGUUUCGUUAUAAGAAUGUCUUCUUCUUGGUUACAUUUAUCCACAGCAAACUUCAACGAAGAUUUAUAUUAAACUUACAUAUUUAUAAUGAUCUGUCAGCCAAAAAUUAGUGACAACGGAAAUCAAAUAUAAAUCUUAAUCCUUAAUAACUGAGCAACCCCGUUGGCACAAAAUCUAUCUUAUCAGUUUUCGCCAUUGAUUGUCAUUCUCCUUUAGAAAUUGAUUUGGAACUUGGGUCUUUGCCAUGUUGGCUCUCCCAACAGGACAAUUAUGUGAAAACAAUGCAGCCUAAUAAUCGAGUAAAGAGGGCACUUUUCUCUCUCUCUCUUUUUUUUUUUUUUUUGUUCUUUUUCUUUGAAAGAGGAAACCCCUGGCUGUGAUAGGAAAUGGAUACCAAAGUUUUCCUUUAACAAAUAAGGGAAUUUAGUAAUUUUAAAUUUUACUACCCUUAAAAUCAAGAAAA